UUGCAACGACUUUCCCCACUCCUUCUUCCUAUAGCGCCUCUGUCUUUCCAUGUGAACCGCACACACAUCUCUCUCCUCUCCUGAGCGGACUGUGCAUGCACGGGGGGAAUAUGCGCGAGAAGCCCAUCAUGGAAUAGGAACACUACCUUGGACAAAAUAUACUCUAGACGGGGAAAACCUUCCUCUCUCUUUUUUUUCCUGACGUCUUUCCCCUCCUUCAUCUCUGUCAAUGUAUCGCAACACUUUUUGAGGGGACUCAAGUGAAGAAAUGAUGAGGAUUAAUAUUUUCACUUGGCACUUUUGGGGCUUGUGUUCCGUCUUCUGGGGGUUGGCGACGGGAGCGUUCCCCAGCUCAGUGCAAAUUGGCGGCUUGUUCAUUAGGAAUACUGAUCAGGAGUACACAGCGUUUCGACUAGCUAUCUUCCUUCACAACACCAGCCCUAAUGCUACGGAAGCCCCCUUCAACCUGGUCCCACAUGUCGACAAUAUAGAGACAGCCAACAGCUUUGCUGUCACCAAUGCAUUCUGUUCUCAGUAUUCAAGGGGUGUCUUCACCAUAUUCGGUCUUUAUGACAAACGCUCAGUCAACACACUGACAUCAUUCUGUGGGGCCCUGCACAUCAGCCUGGUGACACCCAGCUUCCCCACCGAAGGAGAAGCCCAGUUCACCCUGCAACUGCGACCAUCCAUCAGAGGGGCUUUGCUGUCCCUUUUGGACCACUACGACUGGAGCCGAUUUGUCUUUCUCUACGAUACGGACAGAGGUUAUGCCAUCCUGCAGGCAAUCAUGGAGAGAGCAGGUCAAAACGGCUGGCAGGUGAGUGCGAUCUGUGUGGAGAGUUUCAACGAGGCUGGAUAUCGUCGACUUUUAGAAGACCUGGACCGACGUCAAGAAAGGAAGUUUGUCAUUGACUUGGAGCCAGAGCGACUACUGAGCAUGCUAGAACAGGCAGUCAGUGUGGGGAAACACGUAAAAGGCUACCACUACAUCAUAGCAAACCUGGGGUUUAAGGAUAUUUCUCUGGAAAGGUUCAUGCAUGGUGGUGCCAAUGUGACUGGUUUCCAGCUAGUGGACUUCAGCAAGCCAAUAGUCAUUAAACUAAUGCAGCGUUGGAACAAACUAGAUCAGAGAGAAUAUCCUGGAUCAGAGAGCCCACCCAAGUAUACUUCAUCCUUAACAUAUGACGGUGUGCUCGUGAUGGCUGAAGCCUUCCGCACUCUUCGUCGUCAGAAAAUUGAUAUAAGUCGACGGGGAAAUGCUGGAGACUGCUUGGCCAAUCCCGCUGCUCCCUGGAAUCAAGGGAUAGAUAUGGAACGAGCACUCAAACAGGUACGCAUUCAGGGCCUUACUGGCAAUAUCCAGUUUGAUCACUUUGGUCGGAGAAUCAAUUAUACCAUGGAUGUGUUUGAACUGAGGAGCAAUGGACCACGCAAGAUUGGUUACUGGAAUGACAUCGACAAACUUGUCUUGGUCCAGAAUGAAAAUUCCUUGUCCAAUGACAGCUCAGCGAUGGAGAACAGGACUGUAAUUGUGACAACUAUCAUGGAGGGCCCCUAUGUGAUGCUGAAGAAGAACUGGGAGCUAUAUGAAGGCAAUGACCAGUAUGAGGGUUACUGUGUGGAUCUAGCCUCAGAGAUCGCCAAACACAUUGGAAUCAAAUACAAGAUCUCCAUUGUGCCUGAUGGGAAAUACGGAGCCAGAGAUCCAGAGACAAAGAUAUGGAAUGGGAUGGUGGGAGAGCUAGUUUAUGGGAAAGCGGAAAUUGCUGUGGCCCCACUUACCAUCACUCUGGUUAGAGAAGAGGUGAUCGACUUCUCAAAGCCUUUCAUGUCUCUGGGAAUCUCCAUCAUGAUUAAGAAGCCUCAGAAGUCCAAACCAGGUGUUUUCUCUUUCCUGGACCCGUUGGCCUAUGAAAUUUGGAUGUGCAUCGUGUUUGCUUACAUCGGAGUCAGCGUGGUGUUGUUUUUGGUGAGUCGCUUCAGUCCAUACGAGUGGCAUGCUGAGGAGCCAGAGGAGGGCACCACAGAGCAGGGCCCCAACGACCAACCUCCAAAUGAGUUUGGCAUCUUCAACUCCCUCUGGUUUUCACUGGGGGCCUUCAUGCAACAAGGCUGUGACAUCUCACCGCGGUCUCUGUCUGGACGUAUUGUGGGAGGUGUGUGGUGGUUCUUUACCCUGAUCAUCAUCUCAUCUUACACAGCCAACCUCGCUGCCUUCCUGACUGUGGAGAGGAUGGUUUCCCCUAUUGAGAGUGCAGAAGACUUGGCCAAACAGACAGAGAUAGCCUAUGGGACACUGGAUUCAGGUUCUACCAAGGAGUUCUUCAGGAGGUCCAAAAUAGCUGUAUAUGAGAAGAUGUGGUCAUAUAUGAAGUCGGCCGAGCCGACCGUCUUCACCAAAACCACUGCGGAAGGCGUGGCGAGGGUGCGCAAGUCCAAGGGGAAGUACGCCUUCCUCCUGGAGUCCACCAUGAACGAGUACACAGAGCAGCGCAAGCCUUGUGACACCAUGAAAGUCGGGGGGAACCUGGACUCCAAAGGAUAUGGAAUUGCUACACCCAAAGGCUCACAGUUAAGAACCCCGGUAAACCUUGCCGUUUUGAAACUGAGCGAAGCGGGCGUCUUAGACAAACUGAAAAACAAAUGGUGGUAUGACAAGGGAGAAUGUGGACCCAAGGACUCUGGAAGUAAGGACAAGUCGUCUCAGGCCCUGAGUCUGUCAAACGUGGCCGGGGUCUUCUACAUCCUCGUGGGCGGCCUGGGCCUCGCCAUGCUUGUGGCGUUGGUCGAGUUCUGCUACAAGUCACGGGCCGAAGCCAAGCGCAUGAAGCUGUCUUUUUCUGAAGCCAUGCGAAACAAGGCCCGUCUGUCCAUCACAGGAAGUGUGGGGGAGAACGGCCGUGUUCUAACGCCGGACUGCCCCAAAGCCGUGCACACUGGCCACGCCACCCUCCGACACCCUGGCCUUGCAGUGGUCUCCUCCGGACUGCCCUGAAAACCAAAAAAGAUCCGCUGUGCCUUAGUGACACACCAACAUGCAGACUCUGACAUUGAAGGAUCACAUCCAUAUUCAUGAUUUCUUUCCUCAGAUGACAUCUUUUCCUGCUGCCUCUGACUUGUUUUACUUGAGAACGUGAAAUAGUGGAAAUAGGAAAGCGUGUACUGAACAUUGCUAUAGUUGGCUGCGGAAAACUUUUUUGUUUUGUUUUGUUUUGGAGGAUUCAUCCAGACAAAGUGAUAGAAAAGCCAACACAUACUAAAACGCUGAGCUGUAACUACCAUCAAGAUGAUGAAGAAAAACCUCCUACCGUGUCGUCACUGGACAGUCAACACCACUCCUCAACAACGCCUUACAAUGAAAAACAUUUAUGUUGAUCAUAUUGUCACGGCUAUCGUCAUCUUGCCUGCAAAGUGCCAGGUGUAUCCUCUUCUUAGAAGACCACAAAACUGUAAGCCUGAUCUUUUUGGACAAGCAGACUUUGCCAUUGAAAUUUAAGAAUGAAAGUCUAAGCUUUCUUCCAUCUCAUGCAGAAUGGGUUCUAGCCCCAGACAGCAGGGCAGACAGUCACUAUGGAACAGACAAAACCUCCACAUUGCUGUAUGGGUGGCCUACGCGGGCCAUAGAAUACACAUGGGUUUGUAACAUAUCAGUCGUCUUUCACCAAUAGCUUAAUGACCUAGAAAUACGAAUUAAGUGAUGAGUAUUUUUUUUGCUGCAAAACAAUGUUGAGGGUUCAGUUGUAUGUACAGAGAUGAGAAGAAAAAGUAAAACACGGAAAUGGGCUCAUAAGACUCAAGAGCGGGACCUUAUGGAUGUUUGCAAAUGACCAAAGUAAAUAUAAAUUUGAUCCACAAACUUUAAAUGUAGUUGUCAAUUUAUAACCAAUUUUUGUUCUGACCAAUCAGUCGCAAGCCCUUUUGGCCUAGUGGCUUCGGGAAAGUAGAGCGUGAUGACCAAAACUCGACAAUCUUCCGUACAGUGGCUUAGCGGCCAAUGAAAUAAUGUGUGUCCAAUUCAGUGUCUACAGUCUUUGGAGAACCUAGCCUCUUACGUCUAUGUGAAGUAUUCAGAGGCAUAGAGACCCUUGUUGAAUAGUGGCUACAUGUUGCCAUUACAACUGUCAAGUAAUUUAACAGAAGGUUUGAUGUUAAAGUAAAACUUAAAAUAUUCCUUUCCUUCUUCCCCUCAAGUUUGUGCCACCUGAAAAUAGAAUCUUCAGGUAUGGGUGGUCACAAAGGAUAAUAGCAACGUGUCCUCCAAAAAUAGGGAAAAGCCUGAAUUUGGUCUGCAUUUGAAGAAGCCUUCAAAUUAUGCGUAUUUUAACAUGAGGGGCUUUCAAAUGCAGGAUCCUGAAUUGUGACACAGAUAAAAAGCCAGAAAGCUAAGUUCAAGGAAGACCGCGAAUCGGUAAACACUGUGGUAAAACUGAACAGUUAGAAGUUGCGAUGGUUGUGAAUGGACUCACAAUAGAAUGCUAAAGUGCGCCAUAUCUAUCAAUAUGUCAGAAUGUCAUGCUAGUUAAAAGGACAAAUCAAUCUUUGCACAUUUGCAAACAACUGAAGGUCCCAAUGUCGUCGCCCAGGUUGCAAACCAGUCAUCUAUAAUAUGAAAGCUUUGUUUAAUCUGAAUCAUGUCAACAUGUCGUCCACAUCUUUUUCUCUCGGGUAAUAAAAAGGCAGUUCAAAGCGUUAUGAAAACAUCAGAUCAGAAAGCUUGCUUUUUAAAGCUGUUGUAAAUAACGUGUAGCGAAACUCACAUUGUCUUUUUUAAACAUGUUAGAUAAUUCAUUGCAAUAAUGGGUACAAACUAAAAUUGCAACUACUUGUAAUUAAAAUCAAACCACUUUUUAUAAAUCUACACAUUAUAGAUGUAAAUAUAUAUAUAUAUAUAUAUAUAUAUAUAUAUAUACACACACACACACAUACACAAAUAUACAUAUAUAUAUAUAUAUACAAAAACAAAUAUAUAUGUCUAUAGAGAAUAUGGUUCAGAUUGUCAGAGGCCAUGGCGUACAUGCUAUUAAGUGGCUUUUUUUGAGGGGGGGGGGGGGCCCGACAAUAUCAAUAAUAAGCCACAGUCUUUGUAUGUCACACUCAACACUGAACCCCCAUCUGGCACCCCCACAUACAAACAUACAGAUAAAGAAACACAGGGUCAAUGAUCUCCCCGGCACAGCAAAAUGCGUUUUAAUGAUAUUAUCUAUUAGUUCCUCGUGGUUCUGCACCGUUUCCAAAUGUUUUUACGCCAAAAUGAGAUGUUGGUCACAGGCCCCUGAAGAGCGAAAGCUCCAAGUUUCAACAGUAAGAUCAAUGAGAGCUCAGAGAGAAUGAGCCACAGUGACAAGUCUGCGGUGUUUGGGGCAUUUAGCAUUUGUGUUCAUCUAAUGUUGCCUCAAAGCGGCUGCAAACGUGAACCCAAGACAAGCUCACACUGGAGGACGGGCUGGUCCACUGUAGGAGUGUUUACAGCAAGCUUCAUUCGUCGCCAGUAAAAGCGGCUCCUCUCAUUCCCUUGAAACAUGGCGCACACACGGUCUCGCAUGGAGACGCGUCUGUGCGGAAGAGGACGAUGCAAUCCGGGCAUAAGUGGAGAGUUAUCGCUGCUCUAGCCAUGGUGUGGCAACAAACAAUGUGAGAAGGUACCCCUAUUAAAUACAGAAUGAGCUGGAGAUAACAACUGGUGACUUAAACAUGUGAGCGGAGCGGAGUGUCCCUCUACCUGUGCCUGAUCAAAUUCACCAAAAUAUGCCAGUAAUGAUAUGAGGUCUGAGCAGGCCUAAAUUUAGUUGGACUUGCUGCCACCAUAUUGGCAUGCCGACAGGCGCUUGUCCAUGGACACUUCCUCUGCUGGGCUGGAACGCCCAGCUUGGCACAGACGGGGGAAUGGUAAACACCGACUGGGCUUGCAUUUGCGCCCUGCCAUAGAUGCGCUGUCUACGAAAAUAGAGCCCUAACACUCAAAUGAUUUGAAAUCGAUGAAAGUUACAACAAAAUACAGCAUCUUUUGAUAAAAUGUAGUACUUUCAGUUGAUAUAUAUUAUAUGAUAUUGAAUGAUUUCCAAAUGUACUGUAUACUUACGAUCACAUUGGGUGAUGCCAUACUAAACUCUCUGCAAAAGUCCACUGUCCCAUCUUUCAACUUUUCCUGACCCUGCUGUUGCAUCACUCCCCACACAACACUUUUUAAAAGUGACAAAUAACUCCAUUAGCACCAAAUAACAGCAUACAAGUGUAUUGAUAUUUUGAGGCAAUCUGAGUUUCUUGUGCCUCGUUGCUCUCGUGCCUGCAUAUCGUCAACAUUUAAGAUUUCAAUUAAAAACUGGCUUUCACAUGGCUAACUUGUAUGUCACAGUGUAGGAAGGAGUCCUGCAUCAAAGACGUGAGCAGAAUUCAGUGAGGCACAGAUGAAAUUGAUUCGAAUAAAGCAUCGUUUGUCUUCAGCUUGGAAUUGUACUGUAUGAAUGCGAGAAAGAUGGACUUUUACAAUAGAUAUUACACAAUAUAUAUUGAUAUUAUAUUUAAAAAAGCUAAUUCAUUUCAUGCUUCAACUACAAAAAAAGGUGUCUGCUGGGCUGACAACAUGUCAG